GGGCGCGCGCAUCCCGGGACUAAACACCUGAGCAGCAUGGAAGGUUUCUUCCCAAGGAGAAAAGGGGGGCUGAGGGGAACAAACGGUUCGGCUUGAAGUCCCUGUGAACGAACUUCCAGGGGGCAAUUAAAGACAUCCACUGAGAGAGAACUUGGGGGGCCGGGGCCGGGGUCCUCUGGUUUCUGUUGGUCCGCGGCAGCCUGCCUUACACACCUGGCAGAUGUCAGCGCGGGGACAGAAGCGGGCUGAGCGGCCGCCGAGACGCCUCCAGGUGGAGCCGGGAGCCCAGGUUCUGCUGCUCGGGUGAGGGAGCCUGGGACAGGAGGAGAAGGCGGACUUGAACAUGACCUGUUGCACUUGGCAAGUUCCCGCGGCGACAUGCUGCUGAGGAAGCCGCGCAGGCAUGGGCCGUGCCGACGGCCGUUCCUGCUGCUCCUGCUGCUGCUGGGCGGCCUGCUGCUGCUGGUGGCCGUGCGGCACCCCGCCCCGCACCCCCAGCACCUGCCGGCGGCCGCCCAGGUCGUUGAGCACAGCCCCCCGGCCAGGUACCGCCUGGACUUCGGGGAGUCCCAGGAGUGGGUCCUGGAGGAUGAGGGCCAAGACUACGACGGGCCCCUGGAGGACCUGCCGCCCUUUAUCUCGCUGCGGGAGGACCAGCUCCUGGUGGUCGUGGCCUCCCCCAGGGCCAGGAGGAACCAGAGCCAGGGCCGGAGAGGUGGCGGCUACCGGCUCAUCCAGCAGCCCGGCAGGAGGCAGGGCGAGGAGGCCCCAGACAGGGACUGGGGGGCUGAGGAGGAGGACUACCCGGAGGUGUCUGAAGAAGGGGAGCUGAGCCCGCUCAGGCUGGAGCAGGAGCUGAGCGCCCGCAUCCCCCUGCAGAGGGCGCUGCCCGAGGUACGGCACCCGCUGUGUCUGCAGCAGCGGCCCGAGGACAGCCUGCCCACGGCCAGCGUCAUCCUCUGUUUCCACAACGAGGCCUGGUCCACCCUCCUGAGGACAGUGCACAGCGUCCUGGACACGGCACCCAGGGCCUUCCUGAAGGAGAUCAUCCUGGUGGAUGACCUCAGCGAACAAGGACAACUCAAGUCUGCGCUCAGCGAAUACGUGGCCAGGCUGGAGGGUGUGAAGCUGCUGAGGAGCAACAAGAGGCUGGGUGCUGUGGGGGCCCGGAUGUUGGGGGCCGCCAGGGCCACGGGGGACGUGCUGGUUUUCAUGGACUCCCACUGCGAGUGCCACCCGGGCUGGCUGGAGCCCCUCCUCAGCAGAAUAGCUGGUGACAGGAGCCGGGUGGUGUCUCCAGUCAUUGAUGUGAUUGACUGGAAGACGUUCCGGUACGACCCCACCACGGACCUGCAGCGUGGGGUGUUGGACUGGAAGUUGGACUUCCGCUGGGAGCCUUUGCCAGAGACUGAGAGGAAAGCCCGGCAGUCCCCCACCAGCCCCAUCCGGAGCCCCGUGGUGCCUGGUGGGACAGUGGCCAUUGACCGGCAUUACUUCCAAAACACGGGCGCGUAUGACCCCCUUAUGUCACUCCAGGGUGCAGAAAACCUGGAGCUGUCUCUCAAGGCCUGGCUCUGCGGAGGCUCUGUGGAAAUCCUCCCCUGCUCGCGGGUGGGGCACCUCUACCGCAGCCAGGACGCCCCCUCCAGCCCUGACCAGGAGGCCGCCCUGCGGAACAAGGUUCGCCUUGCCGAGACCUGGCUGGGCUCCUUCAAGGACACCUUCUACAGGCACAGCCCGGAGGCCUUCUCCCUGAGCAAGGCCGCGCAGCCAGACUGCACAGAGCGCCGGCAGCUGCAGAGGAGACUGGGCUGCCGGACAUUCCACUGGUUUCUGGCCAACGUCUACCCUGAGCUGUACCCGUCUGAACGCAGGCCCAGGUUCUCUGGAAAGCUCCACAACACUGGACUGGGCUUCUGCGCUGACUGCCGGGCGGAUGGGGCCCCUCUGGGCUGCGCCAUGGAGCUGGCUCCCUGUAGUGACAGCCGGUGGCAACAGCACCUGGAGCAUGCUGGCAGGAAGCAGAUCCACUUUGGUGGCACACAGGGCCUGUGCUUCGAUGUCCAACAAGAGCAGGUGAUUCUUCAGAACUGCACCAAGGAAGGCCCCGCCGUCCAUCAGCAGCACUGGGACUUUCUGGGGAAUGGAAUGAUUGUCCACAUUAUUUCUGGGAAAUGCAUGGAAGCUAUUGUGCAGGAAAACAAUAAAGAUUUGUAUUUGCGCCCGUGUGAUGGAAAAGCUAGCCAGCUAUGGCAAUUUGACCAAGUCAACACUGUGGAUGAGCGAUGACUGCAGUCUUAUCAGAAGAAAAAGUGGAUUUGGGCACCACCGUUGCAUCCCAAGGGAACUAAAAGAGCAUGAAUAUUCCACUAAGCAAACAGACCCUUUUGUGUUUGUGUUUCUGGUCAUAGUAAAGAAGAAAGCUCCAUGAGCAAAUACAGACAGUUUUUCCUUUCAACAACUUAUUUUGCUGACUGCUGGCUGUUUUUAAAAUGGAAAAUGGAAAAAAGAUGGAUUCACUGGCUUGUUGUUUUCAUCAUUAACAAGUGAUGAAAUAGUAUAGAAGAUUCUUUGUUUUUUUCUGUUUCCUCCAGUGAGCAUGUAGUAAUUGCUUCUUACCUGACUAAGGAAUGAGGCCUGGGCUUUCUCUGGUAGCACCUCCAGGAUACAUGGAUCUAAGCAAUCCAAGUAUUUCAAAUGGCCCUACUUUGAAUUAUCUGCAACCAACCGUGAAGACUAAGCUAUAAAGAGGGUCUUAAAGACCUGACAUUCCAGAAAUAUUGGCUUAGGCUUAUUAGGGCAAAUAUCAUAUUGACUGGUUGAGUUAUAUCUCAGAAGAAGGAAAGAAAGCUACUGAAAGAGGACUGUGGUUAAAGAGAAGAUAGAAUUGAACACUGGCCCAAUUCUGCUGCUCAGCCUUGCAGCUGGAAGAGUCAACAGAUCUGGAAUGAGACAUUUUCAUGUUCAUGAGAAUUUCCUCAGAACUUUCUACCUCCAUUCACCCUGCCCUACCCCUUCUCUAGCUUGGUUAAACAUAACCAGAUUUUGAUGUAAUAUAUUUCUCUUUGGUUUUUGGUGUUGGAAGGGUGUGCUCAGACUUAACCUUCCCAUGAAAAAACGUAGACAAUCGAGAAACUCUCUCGAAGCCCUGUUAACAAGUGUCUGCAUUGACUAGAUCAGAAAUAGCAACCUUUUCACAAAGGCAAACCUCCGAGGGGAAAUCGAACCAAAAUU